CACCAAGAUUAAGGAAACCUCAACAGAGCAAGAAGCAAAUAAAGAUGCCAACCAGUGCUCCCAAUAUGAGGAUCAUGCCGACAAACGGCAGGCCUGGGAUAAAAUGUAAAGGUCCGGCUCCUUCAACAGAAAACAUCCCAAAGUACGAACCCAACAUCCCUGAGCCCACGUGCAGAGCUGAUCUUCUCAAACAUGCGAUCAAGCUUUCCCUGGAUGACAAGACAGCCAAUAAAAUGCUGUGGAUCACAGAGGGUGGAUCCAAGGUGUCCCGCAUGACUGAUGAUGUAACUUGCCCCGUCCUGGAUAGACCAGAGAGAUAUGAGCAUGCCCCUCAGGUUCUUUGCAAAGAAGGCAUCUUGGGCUUCAGAGCUUACUGGGAAAUGACAUAUACAGGAUGGGUGGUGGCCGGAGUCGCCUAUGAAGGAGCAGGGAGGAGGGGAAGCGAUGGACAGUGCGGGCUGGGAGAGAAUGAACAUUCCUGGGGUCUCGGCUGGGGGGGAUCCCACUACCAGCUGUGGUUCAACGGCAUUAACACAGAAAUCUGGGAUGUGCCACAGUGCUCCACCAUUGGGGUUUACCUCGAUUAUCCUGCUGGUGUCUUAAAUUUUUAUACAGUUGAAGAAGUGAAGGAGGGAGAGGGGAGCGAUGCCACAAAGGAGGUCAGACUGCUGCAGCGGAUUAAGAGCUCCUUCAAAGGGAAGAUGCUGCCAGGUUUCUGGGUGGGACAGAAGUCGUCAUGUGUCUUGGUUAAACCAGAGGAGUGAAGUCGAGAGAGUGUUUUUCAUGUACAUUUUCCAACAUUUCCAACUUCAUAUCUAAACCUGAAAUAUGUUUAUCGACAAUGCAUAUUUUGGGAUGAUGCAAGAAAAACUAUUCAAAAAUCAAAAUCUCUGUAUA